GAUGUGGUGGUAGAUGACCCAGACUCCCGAGGUGCUAGGUGUCAUGGAGGCUACCACCAUCAAGCCUCAAGGCUUCGUGCUGUCCCGCCUGACCGCUGCUUUGCUGCUGUCCGCUGUCGUGCUGUCGCUUGUGGCUGCCUCCCUCAUCGCGUACUCCCUCGCUCCUUGCCACCGCUUCGACCCCAAUAACGAGCGGCUCUCUCUUCAAGGUGCUCCUUCACAUAGCAGGCUUUACGUUAGACUGCCUACGUCCGUUGUUCCUGUCUCAUACAAGAUAGAGCUGAUCCCGUUUAUAUGGGAGAAGAACUUCACUUUCAAUGGCAACGUUGUCAUCCUUCUGAACGUGACGCAGCCCACAGAGAACAUCACACUGCACAUCAACGACCUCAAGGUGCUGUCCCACCGGUUGAUGAAGUAUACCAGGGGUAUCACGGUGAUAGACGACAGAGAGGACGAGGUCGAGGUGGCUUCUCACAGCGUAGACCUGGAGAGACAGUUUUUGGUGUUGCACACAGGCCGUUGGCUCGAGCCGGGCCAGUACAAGGUCUACAUUCAGUACAUCGGAAACCUCAACAACGUACUACAAGGCUUCUACCGAAGUUCCUACAAGGCCGACAAUGUCACAAGAUGGCUAGCAGCUUCUCAGUUCCAGUCUACAGAUGCACGGAGAGCGUUUCCAUGCAUGGACGAACCAGCCCUCAAGGCACGCUUCACCAUCAGCAUAGGCAGACCAACAAGCAUGAUGGCCAUCAGCAACAUGCCUCGCAAACCGGGACCUUCCCAGCCUGUGGAGGGAAUACCAGACUACGUUUGGGACCACUUCGAGGAGUCCGUGCCGAUGUCAACAUACCUGGUCGCAUUCGUGGUCUCCGACUUCCAGCACCUGUCCAAUGGAACUUUCGCCGUGUGGGCACGCGAGCAAGCUCUAGAACAGGCGCGUUACGCUCUGGAUGUGGGUCCUAAGAUACUGCAUCAUUUUGAGGACUACUUCGGCAUCAAGUUCCCCCUGCCCAAGAUCGACAUGGUGGCUCUACCUGACUUCUCCGCAGGCGCCAUGGAGAACUGGGGUCUGAUCACCUACAGAGAGACUGCCAUGCUGUAUGAUCAAGUUGUCUCUACGCGACGCAACAAGCAGCGUAUUGCCACCGUGGUCAGCCACGAACUUGCACACCAGUGGUUCGGUAACUUGGUCACACCGUCCUGGUGGGCGGAUCUGUGGCUCAACGAAGGCUUUGCUUCCUACGUCGAGUGUCUCGGUGUGGACGCAGUGGAGCCCAGCUGGCGUAUUCCUGAGCAGUUUGUGGUUCACGAGAUGCAGAGUGUGUUUCUACUAGAUGUCUAUCGUUCCUCUCAUCCGAUUUCCGUUGAAGUCAAUCACCCCAAUGAGAUCGAUGAGAUAUUUGACACCAUCUCCUAUGGAAAAGGUGCAUCAAUAAUCAGAAUGAUGGACCACUUUUUGACGACCCCAGUUUUCAGGAAAGGUCUCACAAGAUAUUUAAAUAUGAGGAAGUACGCGAGCGCAACGCGAGACGACCUGUGGCAGGCUCUGACAGAACAGGCCCAGGAAGACUCUGUGUUUGACCAGAACAUGACUGUCAAAGCUGUGAUGGACACCUGGACUCUGCAGACAGGAUUUCCACUGGUGACUGUCAUCAGGAACUAUGACAACAGGACUGUCACAGCCUCCCAGAAAAGGUUCAUGCUAGGAAAUGCUACAGACAGUGACAACAACCUCUGGUACGUUCCUCUGACAUUCACCAACAUGCCCCAGCCCGACUUUUACACUACCAGACCUUCCCACUGGCUCCGGGCUGAGCCCAGCAUCGAGAUACCUGUGGACGCCGACUCCCACCAUUUCAUCAUGUUCAAUAUUCAGGAAACAGGUUUUUACAGGGUGAACUAUGAUGCCCACAACUGGAAGCUGUUGAUCAAACAUCUACUGGAUGUGGAUCGUUUCAGGCAGAUCGGGACUCUGAACCGCGCCCAGCUGCUAGAUGACGCCCUGAACCUUGCAAGAGCAGGUGCGCUGGACUACGCAACAGCUCUGGAUGUCACCAAGUACUUGAGCCACGAACUUGAUUAUUUACCUUGGAAAUCGGCUUUCCAGAGCUUCAAGUACCUGACCAACAUGCUGAUCAAGACCGGUGGUUUUGAUCGCUUCAAGUCGUAUCUCCUGGCCCUGAUGAAGGGCUUGUACGAGGACACAGGGUUCGUGGACCUCAUCACCGACUCUCAGCUGAAGGUAUACUCACGUGUGGAGGUGCUGAAGUGGGCGUGUCAGCUCGGACACGAACACUGUAUCAGCAAGUCGGUGCAGCAGUUCCAGAACUGGAGGUCCAGCCCUCAGCCGGACCGGGACAAUCCAAUCAGUGCCAACCUGAAGAGCACAGUGUACUGCACGGCCAUAAGGGAAGGUGGUCAGCCCGAGUGGGAUUUUGCCUGGAACCGUUACCUCCACACAAAUGUUGGGUCAGAGAAGAGUCUCCUGUUGGCAGCACUGGGAUGUAGCCGCGAGACAUGGAUUCUGGCCAGGUAUCUGGAUCGAGCUGUUACUGAAAACUCUGGUAUCCGCAAGCAGGAUGCAGCGGCAGUGUUUGCUGCGGUGUCCAGCAAUGUGAUCGGGCAGCCCCUUGCCUUCGCCUUCCUCCGAGACCAGUGGAAGAGAGUGAAAGAUUAUUUCGGAGGUCACCUGUUUGUCAUCAACAAUAUCAUCCAGUUUUCCACUGCUCGGAUGACUGUCAAGUUUGAAUUGGAAAUGUUGAAGGAAUUUGCGCGUGCACACAACACGGAGUUCGGUGGAGCCAGCAAGGUGGUUCUGCAGCAGAUAGAGAAGACGGAGGGAAACGUCGCGUGGAUGGAGCGCAACUACAGACCGAUCAUGGACUGGCUGAGUCAAAGCAGUUAACACACCGCACCCUUCACUCAUCACUUCCCGAGGAACAUUUGAAUGUCUGUAUCUCUUCUCUUUCUCUGGUCUCGCCGUCGUUUCCAAAUGAGCGAACGCAAUAAAAGGUUUCUCCCUUUAUCGUACUUCCAGUUUAAAUCUAAGUUGAUGUCGUGUGAAAAAAUUCAUUAUGAGAAACGCACUUCCGAGUAGAAAAUGUAAUAAAUUAAAACUGAAGUGACCUUUAUUAUUAACAAACAACAAGGAGAGACUUAAUAAUAAAGGGAAUGAAACCGGAACGGUAAAAUUGUGUUUUGCUGAACAUCGGUGUGGAUGAUGUAUCUUCAGAUACAGUAGGUUGUUAUUUUAUAACUUGAACACUAUAAUGUAAUAUUGAUUAAAUGUACUGUAAAUGUAAAUAUUCAUUCUUAACUAGGAUUAGAUUUAAGUAUUAAACUAGAUAAAUAAUACAUAUUUGAUGAAAAAUGUUACUCAACUUCUGUUUCAUAUUGAAAAAACAACUUCUCUGUAAUCUAGAAGUAAGGAUUUGGUUAAACAGUCAAACAUGACAGCACUAAAUUUAUCUACAGUUUAAACUACUAUUAUUUGUCUUAAUUACAGUUUUAUUUAUUAUUAUAUCUUUGCUAUUUAGUUGAACAAAUUCUGUAAUAAAUACUUAGAAUGAUUGUUGUGAAUAGUGAAUUAAAUUAUUGAUCUGUAUAUAUCAUUUUUACUGUUUUCCACGAACUUCACUGUGAGUGUACUUAAGGUGGUAAGUCAAUUAUUUAGUGGUAUUCAUCAAAUUAUGUUUAUUGAGUAAAUAAGUAUUUUUCAGUUUGUUUAUCCAGUAUUUGUACUAAGCUGUGUACUAUAGCGUUUCAUUCAAAGUAUUUUAACUCUUUUGUAAACAGUAAGUAUGUACUGCCUUCUUAAUUAUACCUAUUUUUUAUUA